AUGCAUAUUCAGUCGAUUCCCAUGUGGGUUGGCAGCUCCAACAACUAUGCCUACCUUGUGAUUGACGACAAGUCCAAAGAUGCCGUCAUUAUUGAUCCGGCAAACCCGCCAGAGGUUGCUCCUAUUCUCAAGGAUGCCAUUUCCUCAGGCAGGAUUAACCUGACGGCCGUUGUCAACACUCACCACCACUGGGAUCACGCUGGAGGCAACAAGCAGCUGCUGUCUGAUCUAGGCACCGACAAGCUCACCAUCAUUGGCGGGAAAGACUGCGAAGGCGUCACCUGGACACCAAAGCACGAGGAGACGUUCAAGAUUGGCGAUAUUUCCGUCAAGUCUGUGCACACCCCUUGCCAUACGCAAGACAGCAUCUGCUAUUACUUGGAGGAUUCAACUGGCAAGGCUGUUUUCACCGGCGACACUCUCUUCAUCAGCGGAUGUGGCAAAUUUUUCGAGGGCAACGGGGCAGAGAUGCACGAAGCGUUGAACAACCGCCUCGGAGCACUGCCAGAUGACACGGUUGUCUACCCUGGACAUGAAUACACAAAGUCAAACGUCCGAUUCACCAUUUCUGUCUCCCAAACAGAGCCCAUCAAGAGCCUGCAGGCCUUUGCAGAAAACAACCAGGUGACGACGGGCAAGUUCACGAUCGGUGAUGAAAAGAAGCAUAAUGUCUUUAUGAGAGUCGAGGAUCCUGAGAUCCAAAAGGCAACGGGCGAGACAGAUCCCGUGUCUGUCAUGGCCAAGCUGAGAGAGAUGAAGAACAACUUCAAGUGA